AUGACCACUGUCGCGGAGCUCUGCCGCGGCACGCAAUGCCUCGGAGCGGAAACCGGCGAUCCGAGACCGUGCGCCGGAGCGCACUGCCCGGGGAGCAGAUCCUCCAGACCGCCGCGGCAGUUCAACCCGGCGACGCAGGGGAGAGCGGCGCACACCGUCGCCAGCCAACACCACGCGCACCCGAGCUCUCCGAGAGCGGCGGCGUCGGACGCGGCGCACCCCGCCGCCCAGCCGCCGCGCUCGCGCCACGGCGGCGAAGCGGCAGGCGGAAGCGGCAGGCGCAUGAGAGCGCCAGAAGUUGUACCUGCGGGGUGCACCGACGCGGACUGCGCCGCGCUCGUGAGACAACCCCAGCCCGCUAAUGACACCCGAGACUGCCGCGGGAUCGAGUGCAGACUGCCGCUGAGGAUACGGCCGAGAGCGCGCGCCAGGUCCUGUGCGGGAGAGGGCUGCGGUCCUGAGGAGCUUCCUCCCGUGCAUCUGUCCGACAGAGCGGCGCAGUUUCUGGGAGACUUCCCCGAGCUUGGAUAUCCGUCGUCGGAACUCGGCGGCGCGCCUUUGGGUGUCCAGCUCACGUGUGACAUCAAGCCAGGGGAGAACGAAGUUCCCUCAGAAGAUGCCCUCAUCUUGAACCUCCAGCUGGCGAAGGGGCAGGAGAAGCUGGUGGAGGCCCUGCGCGCCCAGCAGGUGGUCAUCCGCGACCUGCAGCAGAAGCUCGCCGACCAACAGGAGGCGCUGCUGUCCCAGCAGAGGGAGAUCCUGGACCAGCAGCGGCGCAUGUACGACCAGAUGGACGUGGUGAAGGCCCAGUACGGCCUCCUCUCAGACACCGUCAAGCAGGUCUCCUUCCAGGGCCUACAGGGGGAGCUGCAGAGCUACUUCGAGAGCCACCUGGCGGGUCUGCAGAGCCAGGCCCGCAGCCACCUGCAGAAGCCCUACGCCGUGCACAAGAUGGACAUCGACUCGAAGGUGAUGGAUGUGGUCGGAGAGGCUCAUUUCCCUCAACCUCUGCUGGGUUGCCCUUCACCUUGCGGGCGGGAGGAGUUCUGUGAUUUUCAGAGGGACCCACCUCAGUGUGAGAAGUGCACCAUGUGUCCACCGGGCUUCUUUCUGAUCUCACAGUGUUCUCCCACCGCGGACAGGAUGUGCCAGGACAGAGAUGAAUGCCUUGAAGUGCCAACCAUUUGUGGAGAGCGAGUGAAGUGCCUUAAUACUCCCGGGGGCUUCAGGUGUCUGGGGGUCUCUCAGAGAGAAGCCGUGAUGGGCUUGUGUGGUCGCGACUACUUCUACAACCCGGAGCUGCAGGAGUGCCAGGCCUGUUCCGACUGUGAAGGAGAGCCGGUUUCAGCUCCCUGCACGGCUCUCACCGACUCUGUCUGCGGCCAGCCUUCAGAGAGCCGACUCUCCCAGUCUUGGGGGGCCAGCGUGGGAGUCCCCCCCGCCAGGACCUCUGGCGCCCACAUCUUCCCCGGGCUUCAACUCACCAUCCGAGGCAAAGAGAGGAUCGAUCUGCUGUCCAACGAGGCCGGCCAGGUGACCUUCCUGCAGCACGGCCUCGUGUGGCUGGAUCACAACUUUGCCAUAAAGCACAGCUGCAGGAACUUCCUUCAGGUGGGGAUGAGGCUCAACGGGAGCCAGGAGGAGGAGGGUCGCGACCUCAGUGGCGUCCGCAUCGAACAGCCGGAUGGGAAAUACUUCCAGGGCGUCAGCGUCAGCAGCGGGGUCGAGGUGGAGCCCAACCACUCCUUCGCCCUGCUGCUGAAGAGCCCGAAUCAACACUGCAACCAGAGCAAGGACCUCCACCUCUACGACGUCGCCACGCCCUCCGUCAGCCUGCUGUGGUUGUCGCAUGACACCGGCGCCGUGGCGAUGACGGCUCAGAUGUCCCUGUUGACGCACUACCAGACCAGCUACCGCCCGACCUUCCGCGUGACCUCGGUGUCCGACCCGUAUGUGAUCAGUCUGACGCACGACAGCCGCGGCGUUCGCUUCACGGAGAGCGGCGUGGUGAAGUUCGUCCUCCAACAGGCGCUCUACUCCAUGGGCCACACCUGCGUCCGGGAGGGUUUCUCCCUGAUUGCCUACACCAACCGCAACGGCACCGGCCAGGAGGCGAUGCGGGCCUUCAAGACGGGCGUCAACUACAGGGACACCUCCAUCACCCUCUCCGGCGCCGUGAGCGUGGCCGGCGGCGACACGCUCAGCUUCGAGAUCACGUCUCCGUCCCAGUGCAACAUCCGCUACUUCGGGGACAGCACCGGGAUCAGCGUGCUGAGCCUCAUCUGGAUCCCGUCGGCGGUGUCGUCGGCGCUGACCGCCACCGUGUCCAGGACGGGUCUGCCCUCCGGAGCGGUCAGGAAUAAGCCGCUGUCGUUCCAGCAGACCGGCGCCGACACGCCGCAGGUUCGCUUGGCCCGCUCCGGGGAGCCGAACAGCCGGAAGAACUUUAUAUUCCACGAGAAAGGGACGGCGAGCAUAGCCCUCAACCUGAAGCUGAUACACUCUUGCAAUAUUGUGAAACUCACUUUGCAGCGGGCGGGGGGUCAGGGUGAGCAGGCGGGUCCUGUGGCUCAGCAGGUGUCUGGAUAUAUGCCUGAAGGGAGCGAGUGGGCCAGUAUCGGGCUGAGGGCCUCGUUUCCGGUCCAGAACGGUACAGCGCUCUAUGUGACUCUGGACUGCAUCCGCGGGCGAGUCAACCAGAUAACACACGAGGGCGGGACUAACAUUUCAAUCCUCUGGGUUACAGUGUGA